AUAAAAACGAAAAUGGAGUCUUUCCGAAAACACGUGUGAAUGUUUAUAUUUUCAUUGAUUGCUGUAAAACCUAAAAAAUGCCAACUGGAAGCAAAAUAUUUUCAGGAUAUCGAGCACUUGGUUUUGUUAGCGAUCAUGUACCUCUUGCAGCUCGAUAUAACAAGCGACUAAAGGAGAACUACGUGAUAACGAGCGUGGGGAGAUCCUUCCACACUUACAACUGUUCCAAGUUAGGAAUAACCAACAUAAGUGAUCGACACCCAGACAACAUAAGCUGUAUAGCUGUAACCAAUAGAUACGUGUUCACUGGUUGUGGUAAAGAUGUUCGAGCCUUCAAACGGAGCAGACAGCUUGUUCACACAUUUGAAGGACACACAAAUGAAGUUCACCUCCUUCUCCCAUUUGGUAGCCAUCUUAUCUCCGUGGACAUUCACAGCAAUCUGAAGAUUUGGGAUGUUGAAAAUGGCGGUGUGUACCUGGAGAUGGAGUUCAGUAACUCCACAUUCCACAUCACCGCCUUAAUGCACCCCAGCACGUAUCUAAACAAAGUCGUCCUCGGAAGCAAGCAGGGCACACUUCAACUGUGGAACGUCCUGAAAGACAAGAUGUUGUACUCCUUCAAUGGCUGGAGUAGCUCAGUCACAUUUCUACAGCAGUCACCAGCCAUUGAUGUCAUUGCUGUAGGAUUGUCUGAUGGAAGGGCGAUUUUACACAACAUUAAAUAUGAUGAGACUGUAAUGCAAUUUCAGCAAGACUGGGGGCCAGUGUCAGCUAUUUCAUUCAGAACAGAUGGUCAUCCCAUCAUGGUGACAGGAAGUACAGCGGGACACAUUGCUCUUUGGAAUUUGGAGGAGAAAAAGCUCCAGAGUCAGAUCAGACACGCCCACCAGAGCACAGUGUCUGGAAUGAGUUGUCUCCCCUCUGAACCACUAAUGGUCACAUCAGCUGCAGACAAUUCACUCAAAGUAUGGAUCUUUGAUUUACCUGAUGGGGGAGGUCGGUUACUACGACAACGAUCAGGUCACAGUGCACCACCUAACACCAUUUAUCACUAUGACAACAAUGGAAAAAACAUCUUAAGUGCAGGCCAGGACAGUGUACUUCGCUCAUUUUCCACCAUUCACGAAUCCGAGAGCAAAAGUUUGGGAAGGGCCAGCUACAACAAAUCCGAGACGAAGAAGGCGGGGCUUCUGCGGGACAGGCAUAUGAUGCCCCCAAUCACUGUCUUUGCUGCAGAUGUGACUAGGGCCAGUGACUGGGAUAAUAUCGUAGCUUGUCACAGGGGAUUGGCUCAAGUAACCACAUGGAAUUAUCAGAGAGGCACCAUGGGAAAAUUCCGUCUGUGUCACCCUCGAUUUCAGGAGAAACAAUACCAGUCAGCCACAGCCCAGUGUGUUGACAUCAGCAGUUGUGGCAACUUUUGUGUGAUUGGCUACAGCUCUGGUCAUGUGGACAAGUACAACCUGCAGUCUGGGAUUCACAGAGGUGCCGUUGGGGACCGAGCUCAUGAAUGCGGUGUAGUGGGGGUGGCUGUGGAUGGUAUGAACCAGGUCCUAGUCACCGCAGGGCUGGACGGAGAAAUCCGGUUCUGGGGCUUCAAAAAGCACCAGAAAAUUGACAGCAUACAUACUGAGAACUACAUCUCGAGAAUAUUACUACACAGGGAGAGUUCCAUGAUGGCUGUUGCAUUGGACAAUUUCCAGAUCAUUGUGGUGGAUCUCGACACUCGGCGGGUGGUUAGAAAGUUUCAAGGCCAUAGUAACAAGGUGACCGGGCUAUCCUUCAGUCCAGAUGCUCGUUGGCUGAUCUCGUCAGCCAUGGAUUGUACAGUGAGGACCUGGGACGUGCCCUCAGGAAGGCUGGUAGACUGUUUCUCCGUGGAGAUGGCCGUGACCUCGCUCUCAAUGUCACCAUCUGCAGACUUUCUAGUGACCAGUCAUGUGGACAGUGUGGGGGUGUACACUUGGUACAAUAAGACCCUUCUCUCCCACGUCUCGCUGGCCCCCCUUUCCGAUGAUUACCAGCCGCAGGAAGUGGAAAUGCCAGACACUCGAUCCACAGGAGCAGAUGACAGCCAGACAGGAAAUGACGAUUCCUAUCCAGAUGAAUCGGAGGAUUAUGCAUCUCCAGAACAAUUAUCCUCCGAGCUGGUGACCUUGUCACUUCUCCCGAACUCUCGCUGGCAGAACCUCCUUAACUUGGACAUUAUCAAGAUGAGAAAUAAGCCCAAGGAACCCCCAAAAGUUCCCAAAGCAGCACCAUUCUUUUUACCUACAAUUCCUGGCUUACAGCCAAAGUUUGCUGCCCCUGGUGACACAGUGGAGACAGGCAAGAAGAAAUCGGAAGUUGAUCUCUCUCGGUUUAAUGCGCUUGGUGAACUGGGACGCAGAUUGGAGGAAGGAAAAGAAGAGCAAAGUGCCCUAGGAUAUCUGAAACAACUCGGUCCCUCCGCAGUGGAUAAUGAGAUUCGAUGUUUGGGGCCAGAUUCGGGGGGAUCUGUGUCCACUUUGUGCCUUUUCCUUUACAUGGUCAGUCAUACACUGGACACAAAGAGGGACUUUGAAUUGGGCAAUGCUUACCUUGGACUUUUCUUAAAGAUCCACGGGGAAAUGGUAAGCAGUCACCCAGAACUGCUGGACGCAUUGAGAGAAGUGAAAGGAAAGCUUAAUCACACCUGGAAUUCUGUACAGGAUUUGUUCACCCUGAAUUUGACACUUUUAACACAUUUAAGGACAGCCAAAAUCUGAGAGAGAGAGAGAGAGAGAGAGAGAGAGAGAGAGAGAGAGAGAGAUUUACAGAUGCAAUGGAAUGGUUUUACUUGAUGAAUAAAAGUCACAACAAAAUA